AUGGAAGCCAAGGCAUAUACAUUACAGGGAUUCCAGGUGAUUUUCAACGUCUCGGAGAAAGCUUGUACCAUGGCCAAAGAGCAUCAUAUUGAGGAAUCAAAAGGAGCUCUCCAAUUCGCAAGCAGAGCCAAGCACAUCACCAACUAUGCUCAAUUGAAUGAGAUCACUCUGAGGGGGGAUACACUAGAUAUAAAAGAGGCUGAUUACUAUGAAUCACUAUACAAAGACCGUCAAGCGGAAUUUAAUACGUUAACUACCUUAUGUUCUAUGGAUUUUCCCUUCCUUCUGCUCCUUGUUCCUUACGUUCCUGUUGGAGCUCUGAUGAAGCUCUUCUUUUACAUGCUUGCUGUAGUAGAUACACCCCAACGUCCCAAGGUUAGGUGGUUUGGUGAUGAAGAGGAUCUUGUUGGAGACGAUGAUGGAGAUGAGGAGGUAAACAUAGUCAUCUAA